GUGUAGUUUGCCAUUCAUGUCAAAUGCAAAGCAGAAGAAAUUGUUUGAUCUGGAUUUGCCCUUCCUUUUCAAAGACUGGACGAUCAUUCCUCGCCAUUUUGCUUUUCAAAAUCCGAAGAAGCCUUGUAUUUUGAGAAGAUUAAGAAGGCUGCGAGCUCUUUUUAUUCCUUCUUUCCUUCUGGUUUCUAAGAGUUGUUUUGAGAAAGGGAGUUAAAGAAGAAGAUAAAGAUGACGGAAUACUGCUUUUUUCCUAAAAAGUUGCAGGAUACUCACAUUGAAAAUUCUUCCAAGAAAUCUCCGCUGGUGUUGAAGAUGGUUGUCUUAGCGGCUGCCAUGAGCUGCAGUGUUUGUAUCUGCUCUUUUUUCCUCGAGCAAAUUGAAGAGCCCAGCAAGCUCCAUAUAAUGAGAGCUAAUUUGACAGAAAAGGCUCAGUUCCAUGUGGUCGGAGUUAAUCUGACAGAUAAAACUCGGCUGAAUUUGUUGAGAGUUAACCUGACAGAAAAAAAUCUGCCCAAUUUAUUGACGGUUAAUUUAACAGGAAAAAAUCCUACCAAUCUGGUGAGAGUUGAUUUGACAGAAAAAAAUAUAUCCCUUGCUGUGACGGCUGAUUUGACCGAAGCAAAUCAUUCCCAUUUAGCGAGCCUCAAUACAUCACAGAUAACUUUUCCUCCGACAGUGAAAGUUAACUUAACAGAUGGAACUUUGCCUCUGGGAGUUAAUUUAACAGAAAAACUUUCUCAUGAUCCAAAACUUUCAGAAUCCCAACUUCGUCUUUUCAACUACAACAAAACCAAAGCUUAUGGGAGGGAAGAACAUGGAUGCAUGCCAGUUUCUCUUUAUGCUAUUGUGUCAACACAAAGGUCUGGGAGUAAAUGGUUUGAAGCUUUGCUCAAUAGCCAUGACAAUAUCAGGUCCCAUGGGGAGAUCUUUUACACUGUUGACAGGAAAUGUAACAUGACAGUGAUCAAAACGGUGUUGGAUAAAUUGUACAGCCUCAACUGGAAUGCCAGCACUUUCAGGAGGAAGAAAAAGAGUUGCAUGGCUGCUGUUGGCUUCAAAUGGAUGCUUAAUCAGGGAAUCUUGGAUAACCAUGAAGGGAUUGUGGACUACUUCAACCAUAGGGGAGUCUCAGUAAUACUCUUGCUCAGAAGAAAUCAUCUUCGCCGUUUGGUAUCUCAAAAAGCAAACAAUCACGAUGGUAAGGUCAAGGGAUUGAAUGGGGCUCAUAAAGCUCAUGUGAGCUCCAAACAAGAGGCUGAAAUCCUUGCAAGCUACAAGCCCAAACUUGAUGCAAAGCGUUUAAUCCCAGCCCUGGAACAUAUGGAAAGGUUGGCUACUGAUACACUGAAAAACUUCAGAGGCACUCGCCACAUGGUUGUCUAUUAUGAAGAUCUCGUUCAGAAUCAGACUAGAAACAAUCGAUACUCAAGAAACAAAUCUUCAUCAAAUAGACCGAACCCGACAUCUUCGAAUCAACCGUUGGCAGCAUCGUCCGUCUCGUCUCCAGCUCAAAGUCGCCCAGAACGUCCGCUUUGCCAAAUAUGUGUCAAACUAGGACAUUCUGCAAUCAACUAUUGGCAUAGGUGUAAUCUUGGCUAUACUCCUCCCACCUCUGCGACCUCACGCGCGCUGCUCGCUCAGCAAAACCCUCACUGCACCACUGACUGUGUGCUUGAUUCAGGUGCUUCAACUCAUCUAACACCCGAUCUUGCGAACAUUCAACAUCUAGCUCCCUAUCAAGGAUUGGACUCCAUGUUUAUUGCAAACGGAAACUCUGUUCCAAUUCAAAAUACUAGACAAGGACUUCUGCCGCUAUUGGAUUCUGCUCGUUUGUUAUUAAGGAUUUGCAGGACCUUCGACCUCUUCUGUUUGGUCAUCUUCAUGAUGGCCUGUACCAAAUCAGCAUCCCUCCUCAUCCUACCAAUAUUGUUCUUCAAGCCACUACCUCGAACACUCUUCUUUGGCACACGAGGCUCGGUCAUCCUCACCAACGCAUUCUUUCCAAUUUAGCUUCACAUAUUCCAGACUUAUGUUAUAAAUCUUCUUUUUCGUGCACUUCUUGUAAUGUGGCUAAAAGCCACAAACUCCCAUUCAAUAAAAAUGUAACUGUUUCGUCAAAACCGUUUACUCUCUUUCUUUCUUAUGU